AUGCACCCGGCCGACGUCGCUUUCGCGGUGCCCAAGGCGCUGGCGGCCGCGCGGGUGACUCUGCGGGUGGUAGAGCGGCUGGACCGUGGCGGCGCGAAGCACCUGGUCAAGCGGUACGCGGCCACCAUCAACAAGGUGUACAUCUGGACGCUCACCAGCUACGACCGCGUCUGCUGGCUCGACGCCGACAUGAUCGUUACAAAGAACAUUGACGACGUCUUCCACACAGACUUCAGCGGCGGCAUGGCCAUGGCCGCCGCCCCAGGGUGCACGUGCAACAUUUUUCGCCGACCUGGCGUGCCCACCUCUCCGCACGGGUGUCCAUUCAACUGCCCGGGGCCAGAGCACCCCUACUACGCCAACACAGGCCUGAUGAUGAUCGAGCCGAGCCUCGAGACGUUCGAAUUUCUCAGGUCUGAGGUUGACUACGAUAUGCCGUACCCAGACCAGGACGCCUUCAACAUCGUGUUCAAGGGCCGCAUCGUGCAGCUGCCGCCCAGGUACAACUUUAUGAACCAGCUGCCCAUCGCGCACCCCAACAUGUUGUCAUAUGAUGACAUCGCCGUGUACCACUUCUGCUAUGGCAAGCCCUGGGACGCGGCAAACCUCAACCCCCUGGGUGUGAACCCUGCCAUGUACGAGCUGUGGCGCCGCACGCUCGCCGCCAUCCGCGGCGGCGCCUCGGCGGCCUCGCGCGCCGCGACCCCUGCGCCGCGCAAAGCGCCGUCCGCGCUGCUGUCCAAGGUUGCCAAGGAGGAGGAGGCCGAUGAUCUGUGUGGCGUGAGCGACCAGCUCGAGGAGACUGGGGCCGUCACCAAACUGCAGGUCACCAGCUGCGCCUGA